CCUAAGGCUACUAGCAGGUCCACCCAUACCAGCAAUAUUGUCGACCUAUUGUGUGAUUCCCUCGGUUCCUUGAACAGCCUUGUUGACCGUACCAGCGGUUUCCGGCUUGGAGGAUUCAUCCUUGCGAGUACUAGCAUCAUUUUUGGCGCCUUCGGCAGCAGUACGCUUAGUAAUACCAGCGGGAAGACCAGCACCACCGGCGAGUUUACUUGCACCGGCAACAGGACCACCAGGGCCACUAGUAAGUCCAGUAGUAACACCACUGAGGUUACCACUGGCUACAGCAUUGACCGGACUGGCUGGGGAAGCAGCAGCACCGGCAUUGUUGGGAGGAGCAGGAGCAGCUUGAAUACCAGCAAUGAGGCAGAUAGCAGCAGCAACGGAGAUGACAGAAAAGCGCAUCUUAACAGAUCGUUUGCUUUGGUAUAGAAUAUAGUGUUUAAGCAACGAUGCAGUGAUGAGGGUAGGAAGGUACUCGACGGCUGAUCUCCUCCACGGGUAUUUAUACUGCUGGCUUUGUAUGACUCGCAGGAAACUACCUCCUUUCUUUUUCCCUUCAUCUACUUCAAUUAUAUCUCCUUCGCAUCUUUAGCGCAUUAUACACCCUAUGUCUCCAUUAGGAGUGUACAAAAGAUUAAGAGUUGGUGUGUAAAAAGAUAAGGAGGACCAAACCAAACUGACUUGUAUUAUCGAGAGUGUCAAUACAUUUAAGUAAAU